UGGUGCAGAGGUAUUGGUGGUAUUGAAGUUGGUGUAGGGGUUAAACAUUUUCAAGCCACUUGUGAAUAUAUAUUAGGGGCUGCAUUUGUAACACCCCAGCAUGUAGCCUGACUAAUAAUCAGUGGCCAAUCCAAAAACAAGGAAAAAGUGCCCAACACAACUCAAUGUAGAAGGUAUUGCCUUAGAGAAACAUGGUAAUAACAAUAGAUCUAUAAUCAAGUUUGCUACGCAUGUAUGGACACCCCAGUGGGUACUUUGUGAGAGACGCUGUCCAAGUACAGGAUCAAAACUGCUGAGGAGAAGCAUAACUUUGGUAAAUACUUUGGGAAACAAGGCUGAGCAGUAACAUGACGACUCUUACAAGCUUCUCUGUUCUGCUUCUGGCCAGUGCAGUCUUUUCUCAGGACAUAUCUUAUGCUGAUUUUCUCCAGCAAGUUCAGGCAUGUCCAAAGGAAUGCAGAUGCCCACCUAGCUUUCCUAACGCUGUGUACUGUGACAGCAAGGGGCUAAAACAAAUCCCCCAAAUCCCUCCGCACACCUGGUAUCUGUACCUCCAGAACAACUUGAUUGACACUGUUCCUGAAACAUCUUUCAAGAAUGCCACACAGCUGAAGUGGAUCAAUCUGAACAGAAACAAGAUUACCAACAAAGGGAUUGACAAGGAUGUGUUUAACAAAAUGAGGAAUCUGCUUUACCUGUAUAUGGAAGACAAUGAGUUAGAUGACGUUCCAGGGCCCCUACCUAACAGCCUUGAACAACUACGUUUAUCAAGGAACAAGAUCUCAAAAAUACCUGCAGGGGUCUUUGAUGGUAUGGUUAACCUCAUCAUGCUUGACCUCCAACACAACAAACUUGAGGAUAGGGCCAUCCCAGAAAACACCUUCAAGGAGCUGAAAAACCUUGUCCAGAUCAACCUGGCUAAAAAUAGUCUCAAGAAGAUGCCUUCUGUCCUGCCUGCCACUAUCAUGCAGUUAUUCCUGGACAACAACUCCAUUGAGAAAAUCCCUAACAACUACUUCAGCAAGACUCCACAAGUUUCCUUCCUGAGGCUCAACUACAACAAGCUGGUCGAUGAAGGUCUACCGAAGAACAUCUUUAAUGUCUCCACCAUGCUAGACCUGCAGUUGUCUCACAACCAGCUCACCAAGGUGCCCCUCACCCACCCAAGCCUUCAGCAUCUCCACCUUGACCACAAUAAGAUCAAAAGUGUUAAUGGAACCAUGAUCUGCCCCAUGCCCAUUGGCACUAUUGAUGACUACUUCCAUGAAAAAACACCUAAUCUCCGCUACCUUCGCCUCGAUGGAAAUGAAAUAAGACCCCCGAUUCCCAUGGACCUGAUGAUGUGCUUCAGACGUCUGCAGGCUGUAGUUAUCUAAGCCAGAGCUGAAUCCUCAAACAAAUGGUGUUCUUUCAGGGUUUAAGGGAGGAUCCACAAGGCUUUUACAGUCUAUUUGGACCCAAUGUGACUGUGCAAAUACUGAACUAGCAGAACCUUGUUCCAGUGUUUACUAGGAUUUAUGUUUUAAAAACAAGAGCAAGUGCCAGGUUAUCUAUUUGCAAUAUAGUCAUAUAGAGGCUUUGGAUGCUCAUAAAUUGAAAAAAUGAUAUUUGUGACCACUUAUCUGUAUGCUUAAAGUAAAUCUUCCAAAUGAAUGAAAUGCUCAGAAUGCAAGUUUUGCAGACCCAGAAAUGUUUUUGUUGUUGUUGUUGUUUUUAAUCUAUGCUUGGUGAUUUUUUGAGUAUGGCACAGGUUAUUUAAGAAAGUAAAGUUUACUUACCACCUGCCUUCUAGGGAAUGUGCAUCAAUUGGGACAGCAAAGAUAUAUCCAAGGGCCCUCUGUGAAAAUUGUAUUUAUAACUGUUUAUAUUGGAUUGGUUUACUCUUUUGACAACUCAGCAUUACCCAAUCAGUAAAUUGUAAUUUGUAACUCAAAGGUUGAUAGAUACAAAAUAAAAAGUUUUUUAGCUGGAAAAAUAUGUUUUAUCUAAAAAUAGGAUGAUAUUGAAUUAGUGUAUUAUGCAUGUUUUUUAUCAUUUAAAAUAUGAUGUAUAAAACUCAACAUUUGCACAUAUGGUUUGUAUAAUUGUGUAAAUGAAUGGUGAUUUUUGAUUUUAUAAAAUGCUGCAGUCUAGCCAAAUGUACUCCCCCCCCAAGUCUAAUAAAAAGGUAACAAAAAAGUUCAGUUUACUUAUUCUUUUAUUACUUUAUUUAGCCAUCUUCAGAAGAUGAAAAUAAAUACCACUGUAGAAAAUACAACAUACUGUAUUGCACUGUUCAUAAACAAGAUACUUAUUUUACGUAUGUACAGUAAUAAUCUCAAAGAUUAUUACUGUACAUACGUAAAAUUAAACUCCAUAGCAUGUACAUCAGAACCCCAGAGUUAUGAACACCACACUUACUGACUGGUCAACCAAACACACCACUUGAUAAUGGGCCACUUGAUUAAAUUAUAUUCCAAUGCAGUGGUGUGUCAUGGUUCUGGAGCACCAUUCCACUUCAAGUUUAACAGGCAAACUGAUAUAUAUAUAUAACUGUGUCUCACGUAUGCUGGGAAGCCCUGUGCUGAUAGAGGCAAGCCUCUCACCUGCGCAAAUGCCUAAGGAUGGGAGUGAUCCACAGUCAUCAGGUGGUGAUGACAGAUGCAUUCAACUGGGGUUGGGGUGUGGUCUGGGCAGGCACGGGUCCUGGUCGGGUCGAUGGACAUCCCUGCACAUAAAUGGGUUGGAGCUGUGACUGGUUCACCUCGCUCUCCAGCAUUUUCUCCCAGUGCUCCAGACGAGACAUGUCCUUGAACCGACUCGAGCUAUUGAGAAGUAUGAAUGUACUUCCCUAUUUGUAAAUGUGAUACAAUCGGUAAUUCAUUUAAUGUUUAUAGCAAUUGAGUGUGUACUAUUAUCAGUAUAUUUUAUAUUAUGAGAAAGUAUGUUGUCCUAUUU